AUGGAACAAUUCGAAUUCCACCCCGCAGCAACCCACCCCGGCCGAACCUGGCUCGAGAAAGCCUCGCUAGGAUCCAAAAUCGAGGAAAUGAUUCUAAACGAAGACCCCACCAACGGCCGACGAACACUGCUCCAACGUCACGAACCCGGGUCACUCGAUGCCAAAGAAUCGUUGCAUGAUUAUAUCGAGGAGAUAUUCAUUGUGGAAGGAGACUUGGGAGAUAAGAGGACGGGAUUGAUUUAUGAGAAGGGGUAUUAUGCGUAUAGGAAGCCGGGGAUGGUUCAUGGGCCGUUCUUUUCGGAGAAGGGGUGCUUGAUGUUUAUUACUUGUACGCCGGUGGAGGAGGGGGAGAAGGUGUAGAGGCAGUUUAGAGAGAAGUGAUUGCAAAGUCUCGGGAAUGACACUUGGAUAGCA